AUGCUAGAGAUCGAACAAAAUAAGGCCGAAAUUAAACACCGAAAAUUACAAAUUGAGGCAGAACGACUUACCCUGGAGAAAGAAAAGCUGAGGAAGAAAUUAGAAGUUGACACUAAACAAGGUAUGAGACCUAACACUGUAAAAUUACCUGAGCUUGACUUCAAGAAGUUUAGUGGAGGGCUCCUAAAUUGUCAAGAAUUCUGGGAUUCCUUUAACUCAGCUAUGCAUUCUAAUCCAUCUCUCAGUCCAGUAGAAAAAAUGAAUUACCUCAGAGCUCAGCUACAAGGUGAUGCUGCAGAUGUUAUCUCAGGUCUACCCCUGACUAAUGCAAACUACGAGCAAUCCAUAAAAUUGUCGAAGGAACGUUAUUCACAAAAUGAGGUCAUCGUUAAUGUUCAUUAUACCAGUCUUAUGGAUUUACCUGCCUCCUCAAGUCAAACAUCAGCCCUACGUAAGAACUAUGAUAUCAUUGAAAAACACCUUAGAUCAUUAGAAGCUCUUGGAGAGAAUAUUAAGAGUAAAAUACUAGUAUCCCUGAUAAUAGCUAAUCUACCCAAAGAUGUUCUCAUCCACCUGACUGACCAGAAAAAUGAUGGUGAUGAAUGGACAGUGCAGCUACUCAGAGAUCAGUUGCAUAGGUACAUCAGUACCAGGGAAAAUGCAGAUAGGCAAACUUCUUACAAAGUUGACUACAAAGGCUCGGUUGGAAACAUGUGGUCUACAUCACAGGUCACCCAGUUUGGCUCAAACACUAUUACAGAACAUACCUUGCUGUCCUCUGACAAACAAGUGCUGAUGCAAACUGCCACCGUGGAAGUAGAAAACUUGCAAAAAUCAAGAAAAGUUACCACCAGAUUGCUUCUAGACACAGGCAGCCAAAGGACCUACAUCACCAACGAGCUAGCAGAAAAACUCUAG